AUGGACGUGCCCGGUGUGAACGUGAAGAGCCCGAAGCAAAGCAAGAGAAGCAGAUCAAAGGGUGGUGUCAAAGUUGUCUACAUAUCAAGCCCUAUGAAAGUUAAGACCAGUGCCUCUGAGUUUAGGGCACUUGUCCAGGAGCUCACCGGAAGACACUCCGAUGCGGAGCGUUUUAUGGAAACAAAUAACAGUGGCCAGCAUCAUCAACAAAAUGUUCAUGAGGAUUCUCAUGAGCAGCGGUUGAAGGUUGUGGAUGAUUACGUGCUGCUGCCUCAGCUUCCUUUCCCGAAUUCCUUUUAUGAGUUUCCGAAUUGCGCUUCGGAUUCUUUGUUUGAACCAUUUUCUGGGCAGUUUGAGCUGGAUGUGCUCAGAAGCUAUGAUCAAAUUUAA